GGGCGGAACAUUCUACCAAAUUGCUGGUCAGCUUUUCAAUCUCAGUCGUCACUGCUGUUCUAACAAUAACCACCUUCCCUUCAUCCUCCUCCUCUUUACUUUAAUACCAUAUAUAUAUAUAUAUAUAUAUUUCUCCAUUUCUCAUUUCUACUUUCACUGCUACAUUUUUCUCCAAAUUUAUAAAUCUACAAGUUAGUUUCCUCCUUCUGCAGAUUAUAUCAGGUGGAUUUCGAUGAAGCAGAUAUUAAGUGCUAGUGAGAAAGAGUUUGCGCAUAGAGCAGCUAAUGACAGCCGUAUAGUAUGGACUCGCACCAUUUGGUUGCUUAUGGUGUGACCGGUAGUGAUUUGUCGUAUUCUUCAUACCCUACUGUUAGUCCUCUAGAGAAUAGACCAUUUGGUACAUCGAAAUUUGAGUCAGGAAAUUCGCCACUUGUGAAUUAUUUUAACUCUGAGACCUUCAACACAGUAAGUGAUUACCAGGAGCAGCCCAGCUGUACAGAGAAUCUUUCAGGUGCUAGUUCUUCAAGUGGUUCCUCACUGGAUUAUAACCAAUAUUUCCAUCGACCAAGCCCCUCGGAAGAUCAUCUUCCAGAAGCUCCUUACAGUCGGAACAUGAAACAUACUCUGCUGCAGUUGGAGUCUGCUUUAAUGGGGCCAGACGAAGAGGCAAUGAAAUCCAGCCCUUAUAUUGGUGAAAAUAUGGGGGCACAAACAUCAGGUCAGAGGUAUAAAGCGUGGAACAAGGAAGCCCAAGUUGUGCGUCAUCAACAAUCAGUAGUUUCAAUCCUUAAUGGAAUUCAAAGUGAUAAGCGAGACAAUGUAAUGGAGGACUUGCCCUUGCAGGGUGUUCCGUCUAGCAAUCUGAAGCAGCUGCUUAUAGCAUGCGCCAGAGCUCUUGCUGAAAACAAGCUAGAUGAUUUUGAAAUACUGGUUGCUAAGGCGAGGAGUGUUGUGUCCGUUACUGGAGAUCCCAUCCAGCGUCUUGGUGCUUACAUUGUAGAAGGCCUCGUAGCAAGAAAGGAGUUAUCUGGAACCACCAUAUACAGGAGUUUAAAGUGUAAGGAGCCGGCUGGUAAGGACUUGUUCUCCUACAUGUAUAUCCUCUAUGAAAUAUGUCCUUACCUAAAGUUCGGCUACAUGGCUGCAAAUGGUGCCAUAGUAGAAGCAUGCAGAAAUGAAGAUCGCAUCCACAUUAUAGACUUCCAAAUGGCACAGGGGACCCAAUGGAUGACUCUCUUACAAGCUCUUGCAGCACGACCCGGUGGUGCCCCCUACGUACGUAUUACAGGAAUUGAUGAUCCAGUUUCACAGUACGCUCGGGGAGAUGGAUUGGCUGCAGUUGCCAGACGGCUAUCAGCAAUUUCUGAGGAAUUCAACAUUGCUGUUGAGUUUCAUGCAGUGCCAGUUUUUGCUCCGGAAAUCACUUGGGAUAUGCUUGAUGUAAGGCCUGGUGAGGCUCUGGCUGUAAACUUUCCUUUGCAACUUCACCACACCCCUGAUGAGAGCGUUGACGUGAAUAACCCUAGAGAUGGUCUCAUUAGGAUGAUAAAGUCACUUAGCCCCAAGAUAGUGACUUUGGUGGAGCAAGAAUCAAACACGAACACAGCUCCAUUUCUCCCUAGGUUUGUAGAAGCUCUAGAUUACUACCAUGCAAUGUUUGAGUCCAUAGAUGUGACCCUACAAAGGGACAUGAAGGAGCGGAUCAAUGUGGAGCAGCACUGUUUGGCUAGGGAUAUAGUGAAUGUCGUAGCAUGUGAGGGCAAGGAAAGAGUAGAACGUCACGAGCUAUUGGGGAAGUGGAAAUCCAGGUUCAUGAUGGCAGGUUUUCAGCAAUAUCCUUUGAGCUCUUAUGUGAAUUCAGUGAUUAAGGACCUCAUGAAGCGAUACUCGGAGCAUUAUACACUGGUGGAGAAAGACGGAGCUAUGCUGUUGGGGUGGAAGGAGCGGAAUCUAGUCUCUGCGUCUGCUUGGUUUUAACGAGUUACUUCAGAAACGAAGCUGUAGUUUCAUUAUGUGGAAACAGAUGGUUAGCCUUCUUUUUAAUUACUUAACCAGACAAUAGAAUUGAUCGAGUAAUUAUACUCAUGUUAUGUAGUUUCAAUUUUCUGAAAUUUUAGUAUAGAAAAAUGUUUAUUUUUCAAGUUGUCGUUUGAUAUUAUUUGUUAAAACUAUAAACAAUUAUUUCUCGUC